AUGUCCGUGGAAGCAGACCCGGACAGAAAAGUCGAGAUGAUGGCGAGCAGCGCGUUGGUCCUUGCUGCAGGAUUGCAAGAGCUCCCGUUGGCAAGCCUUCGAACUUUGACAGAUACGAUCAACGACUGCCAAGGGGGCUUUAUUUCACAACGCUUGGACACGGCGCUGCAACAGUUGGCUCCAGCGUUGGUUCCCUGCCUCAUGCGCAAAUUGGCACCACAGCUGAGUACCGAACGGCUAGAUGUGAUGCUGAAGGUGUUGCAAAGGACCUUGCAGGCUGAACCCACCAUGGGCGCGGUCUUGAAAAACUGGAACAAUAUGAGCCCAGUGCAGGCAGCUGUGCAAAGGCAUGGGAGCAUGUUCACCGCACAGCUCUGGGAGCAAGUGCAAAAUAUGGCAGACCAAGGCGCCAACGCGCCUUUGCGAUCCGUGGUGCAUGCUCGAGCUCGAGAGCAAGUUCGAACUGCAAAUGCCUUGGACUUGCCGGACCCGUUCGAGGUCGACAUAUUGCCGACCUUUGAGGAGCUCCUCCGAACGGAUGGGAGGCUGCCGACCAACCGCGAUGGCAGCUGGGAUGCUGACUCUGAAGAGCAGCUCUACAGGCAGACGCAUUUUCUGCUGUACAAGGAAGAGCUGUUGGCGCCGUUGCGUGAAGCUGUGGCUUCUUUUCUCUCUCAGAAAGCCGGCCACGGCCUCACCGAAAGACUGACAAGUUUGCUGUCACGGUUAGUGUCAUCUACAAAAUCGGCGAAGCCCGUCAACUCAACGUUCUAUCCGAACACGCGGGCGGUUGACUUUGCCGUGUCCAGCAACAAGAAGCCGAUGCUGCAGCUACAGUUCGAAACCGGCGGCAGGAGGAUUGAUUUCUCCUUGGGCAGCCACCUCAUCCAUGGCAGUUUGGUGAUCCUGUUCGAGACAAAUUCACAGCAAGCCCCCUUACCGGACUCAGCGAUGUAUGCCGUGGUUGAGGAGUUCGACCUUCGUCAGGCGACGCACCGGAAUGUGGUUGGAGUAUCAUUCCUGGACCCUGAUGACCUUGGUCGCUUCAGCAUCAGCAAGAAGUAUGUCAUGGUCGAAAGCCCCGCUUACUUCCAUGCGAUUCGUCCCGUGCUGGAGUGGCUCCAAAACCCAGAUCGUUUGCAUAACAUGCAGCUGAAGCACGACUUGUUAUCAGGCGUCCGACGAGAGCGGGUCGAAUUCUUGCGCGGCGUCCAGGUUGACAUCUCCUGUCUCUACAAAAGAGAGCUGUCGCCGAAGGAGAGCUGGAAAAGCCGAGAUCCGCUGCAGCCCUGGCCGGAUCCGCAGGACAUCGAGCUUGACCCUUCGCAGCAGGAGGCGAUGAAGCAUAUUCUUCGCAGCAGUGUGCCACUAGUACAGGGACCACCUGGCACCGGCAAGUCCUACAUAGGAGUGAAAGCAGUACAGAUCCUGCGCCAGGCACUGGACAAGAAGGGCUACAAGGAGCCCAUCGUGCUGGUUUGCUUGACCAACCACGCCUUGGAUCAGUUCUUGGAAGAUCUGCUGGACCUCUUCCCCGGCAGGCUCAUCCGCUUCGGAGGUCGCACGAAAUCGGAAGAUGCCCGUUUGCUGGGGUGCAUGGUCCACCAUCACAUGCGCGGCUCCAAGGACGACUUUAUUGACAGGAAGACACAGGAGGAGAAGUUGGAGCUAAAGGUUCAAAGCCUGCAGAGCGUGCUGCGGUCUGUCGCCACUCUGAAGGGACAGGUGCGGUUGUUGAUCACUGGCCUUAGCAUCGAUGGCCUGGUCCAGCUGUUGGAAUCUAUCGGAACCGAGGAGCUAGAGUACGGAAUGUUCUAUCAACCUGAUCCUGCUCGGCGGGCCUCGCCGGCCCGAAAUUUUAUUUUGUGGGUGCUGCACAGCUGGGCCGAGGGUUGGUCCCUGCAAGACACCCAGGCCGAGGUGCAGGUACCCAAAUACAGGACCUCUGCGCAAGAAGUGGAGAUCCACAAUCGCUUUGCGGUGCUGGGGGAGGACCAGCAAACCGCAGACUGGGCGCGCCCGCUGGACGACGUCGACAGAUUGAUUGGCCGUACUCCAGCGAUGCUUCCCGGCUGGAACAAGUACACUGUUGUUCUGGAGUACAGCGUCUCCUGA